AUUUUAAUCUGAUAAAAGCACGUAUAACAUGCAAUUAUUUACUUAAUUUAAAUAAGAGUCUCGUUCAUAAAUUAUUAUUAAAAAUAAGACAAAGUUUAUUCAAAAUGACGUCUCAAGGAAGGAAAAUAGGAAGAAAAAAAAAGAAAAAUAGUUCAUCGAUGAACAAGAAGAAGUAGAUGCAAAAAGUAUGGACUAGCGUGCACGUUCAAGUAAACGCUUGUCGCGUGGGAGAAUAGGUGGGGGAGUAAAACGAAUAGGCUGAGGGGUAAGAGGAUGUUGUUAGGGGGUGGCAGUGUAGGGUUGAAAGAGGGGGAUGGUGGGUCAGCGGACGAGGGCGGCAAAGCCCUCGUCAGUCGCGUCACGCGUUUUCCAUCGACGACGUCGCUAUAAUACUGGGGAUUCGGCAAACUAACUAAACAUUACAGUUAGCUACGAGUUUGCCGAUCCAACGUUUUUUUUCUCGUCGUGCUAGUUUUACUUUUGUCUUUUAUAUCUCGUCCCUACGAGUCUUCCACCUCAAGUCCCAGACUUUUAGCACCUCAACUUCGAUUUUGUUCUUUCCCUCAUUGUAUUUGCUGUUGUCCUAUAGUAAAUAUACUUCUAUAUAUUAAAAGACCAGAGGAAUAAAGGCUAGCAAGGCAGCCAACACGUGACGCCUCAUCGUAAUCGGUCGAGCACGCCGCGGUAAAACGGUCUCUUAUCGAUCGAAAUGUACCGCGCAGCACGUUGCCGCAGUUCCGCAUGGCGCCUACCACCUCCACCCUCACGAUUUUCGAUGCUAUCGCCAUAGAAAACACGAGGACUCCCACGACUCUUAUAUUAUCUCUUUCGAGUUUUCAUUAAUUCGAACGCAUUGUCGCGUUAACACAAUCGUUCGCCGAAUUUAAUCAAAAAUCAAUGACUUUGUUCGGAAGGGAUUAUUCUUGAUUGAUUUCACGAAAGAUAUCUCCAUUAAUUGUAAUUAUUAUUCGUAUAUCUUCGGUAAUAGUUCAAUUGAUUAUCUUUCGUUAAUAUAUUUUAGAUAAGGAUUUACAUAUAACUUUGAGUAAACAUAGCAAAACAAUCGAGUGAAGCUUGCGAUAGAUCGAUCAUUUUCAAAGGAAACACGAAUGGCCAAUGAGAAUCGUUCUUUCUCCCGCCAAAACCGUGGCGCGUUGAGAAUUCUAUUCUUGUUUCGCAAAAUAACGAGUUGCGCGUGCGUGCAUGUGUGUGUUUGAAGAUUAAUUUUCACGUGAUUGUUCAUCGAAAAUAAAAAUAAUUUCGAACAUUGUUAUUUCUAAAUCAUGUCAAGAUCAUGUCGAUGAAAUUAAAUUACAUCUAUGUAUCGGAUCACAUUCGUACUGAGAAGAAAGGCUCCUCGUAACAGAAAAAAGACGGAAGAGGGAGGAAUGAGGAGAUUCGUCCGGUGACGUUGUGCCACGCGCGGUAAUGCUACUGGCAAGCGGUGCCUCGAUACCGACCAUAGCCGGUGCCGUCGAGGAGGAAGAUUAUGCGCGUAGCGAAGCUAACAGCGCGUACUAUGAUGGAUACGUCACCGAUCAUACCGAUCUCGCAUCUGAGAUCGAUAUCGACGAAUCCGAGUAUAGAAGAGAAUUACUCAACGAUAAAUGGCGGAUGCUGUUCGACAAGUUCGAUCCUGAGGGUUUCGGAGAGAUACCAUUGGAGGACUUUUUGGUAGCGUUAAAAAGUGCCGAGUGGAAAACAGAAAUACCAGCUAACAAGAGAGAUAUUUUGCUCGCUAGAGCAAAAGAAUCCAAGGUCGAUGCGAUUACCUUUCAGGACUUUGUUAAUGUGAUGAGCGGUAAACGUACGAGAAGUUUCAAAUGCGCGGUCCACCAUCGUGACCGUGAGGUAUGCUCGGAAAACGACUUCCAUUUGCUAGUUCACGAACCACCCUUGUUUCGCAGGAUGGUCCGCAUGAUCGGCGACGAAUUUUUGACAGAAGAAAGGGACCGAAAAUAUUACGCAGACCAUUAUACCUGUUGUCCACCACCCCUCUUCAUCAUUCUCAUCACCCUAGUCGAGUUGGGUUUCUUUACUUAUUACACCGUGGCAAAGGGCGAGGUUAAUCCCUCGGGUCCAGUACCAAUCGACAGUGUCUUCAUCUACAGGCCGGACAAACGCCUCGAGCUUUGGAGGUUCGCCUUCUAUAUGUUCCUUCAUGCUGGGUGGCUUCACCUGUUGUUUAAUCUGGGAGUGCAGGUGGUCGUGGGACUUCCACUCGAGAUGGUGCACGGAAGUUUGAGGAUUGCCGCUGUUUAUAUGGCUGGAGUCCUGGCCGGUUCCCUGGGUACCUCGGUGUUUGACACUGACGUCUAUCUGGUUGGAGCCAGUGGUGGCGUUUAUGCUCUUCUAGCCGCUCAUCUAGCCAACGUUCUUCUAAACUACAACAAUAUGGAGUUUGGCAUAGUUCGACUUAUCGGCAUCUUCGUCAUCGCUAGCGCAGACGUAGGUUUUGCUAUCUACGACAGGUACGCAGCAGAACAAAUCUACGCCGGUUUACCUGUCUCGUACGUUGCCCAUUUAACCGGUGCCUUAGCAGGAUUGACCAUCGGUCUUCUGGUAUUGAAAAAUUUCGAACAAAGAUUGCACGAGCAAUUGUUAUGGUGGGUGGCACUUGGGGUUUACGCGGCCUGCACAAUAUUCGCGGUCAUGUACAAUCUAAUGCAUCCGAAUUAUCCAUGACGCGAGGUCAGCUUCGCUUACGGUCAACCAAGAAACACGUAACGCGAAGCUGAUAUUAUCAAUCCUUGGAAGAGAAAACGUAGAAAGAAAAGAAGGAAGAAGAAGAGGGAGAUAAUAAUAAUAACAAAGAAGAG